UUCUGAUUCAUUGUUAAAAUAGGAGCCGCGACCCCGGCAUCCCACCGUGGCGCCUCCCGUGCGUGGAAACCCGAGCCGAGGUCUGAUGGUGGAGAAGCCGGGAACCUUGGCCCUGGCUGCCCCAGGGGAGGAUGUGAAAUUCCGCAGCUCUCGGCUGAGAUUGGCAACGAAGGCCUUAUCCCCCGGUGGGCUUUGGAUGACACUCGCCAGGGGAAGCUGAGGCUGGGUUCCGGGUGGUCCACCAGCCAAUCAGCUGGUCCUUGCCCGACCCCCUUUCUUCCCACCAUUGGAUCACAAGAGCCGCCGUGGCCUGACUCACCCAAUAUGGAGGGGGUGGCUGGGACUGUCCCCUGUGUGCACUUUGAGGCCAACGUGCUCGCCCUGAGUUGCUGUCAAAACUGUUUCCACCCUGAGGAGGUGCACAGAGCAAGGCACCAGGAGCUGGGGAGCCCUCCAAGUGCCGAGGUGCCUUACUACGAGCUGCCACGCCGCCCCCCUGCCUCUCAGGGGCCUCUCAGUUCCUCGACUGCCGGCUGCCAGUCCGUGCCGGGCCUGGGCCUUGGGCCAGGGCCAGAGAGGGGCCCUUCAGCAGGGUCCUCCGCCGAGGGCCCCACAGCCGCCCCCGGGAGCGGGAGCCUAGAACAGGAGGCAGUGCCCUAUCUGGAGGGUCUGGCCUCCUCCCUGUGCAGCAGCCUCGACGAAGGCCCCGCCUCCGGCACCAGCACCAGCCCUGACCGCAACACCCCCGAUGACCCCAGCGACCCGUCCUCCCUGAACUGGGACACUGUUGAAAAGCAGGAAGAGGCUCCCAGCUGGGACGAGCUCACCGUGAUGAUCCCGAGGAAACCCCAGGAGGGGCCGCGAGCUGACAGUCCCCGAAGGGCUCCAUCUCUCCUCACCCGGGCCCCUGCGGGAGGAGAUACCGGAGGCCGGAGAAAGGAAGACAUCUGCGGUGGGAACCGAAGUGCUGGACAGCACUGGGCCAAGCUCCGGGGAGAGAGUGGAAACUUCUUGGAACGGCACCGCUCGGCGCUAACCCAGGCUUCCUGUGCAGCACCACAGAGUGGACCUCGAAGUGCCACCCCCCAGGCUUCCUCUGUCCAUCGUUCUGCCCAAAGGGACGUUACCCAGGCUACUUCCGCACAGCUUGAUACGCCCCGAGCCUCCUCUCCCCAACAAACCACCCAACGGGACAGCCUCAGGACCUCUUUCACACAGCAGCCGCCCCCCAGAGCAUCCUCUCCCUCAAGAAUUGCCCGACGGGAUAACCCCAGAACCUCCUCCACCCAACGAACCAAUCCUCAAGGUUCCUCUCCCACCAGAGCCACCCAACAAGACAACUCUAGAACUUCUACCCAACAGGACAUCCCUCAGGCUUCUUUUCCUACAUGUACUCCCCAACGGGACACCCCCAGGACAUCCUGUUCCCAGCGGGACACCCCCAGAGCCUCCUCUCCCAACAGAAUGACCCAACGGGACACCCCCAGAGCCUCUUCUCCCAACAGAACAACCCAACGGGACACCCCCAGAGCCUCUUCUCCCAACAGAACGACCCAACGGGACACCCCCAGAGCCUCUUCUCCCAACAGAACGACCCAACGGGACACCCCCAGGACAUCCUGUACCCAACGGGACACCCCCAGAGCCUCUUCUCCCAACAGGAUGACCCAACGGGACACCCCCAGGACAUCCUGUACCCAACGGGACACCCCCAAAGCCUCCUCUCCCAACAGAAUGACCCAACGGGACACCCCCAGAGCCUCUUCUCCCAACAGAACGGCCCAACGAGACACCCCCAGAGCCUCCUCUCCCAACAGAACGACCCAACGGGACAACCCCAGAGCCUCUUCUACCCAAAGGGACAACCUCAGAACCUCUUGUACUCAAUGGGACCACCUGCAACCUUCCGCCCGGCGGGACAACCCUGGGACUUCCUCCCCUCGAUGCUUCACCCAGCGGAACAAUCCCAGGAAUGCUUCUCCCCAUCGUACUAACAAAGACAUUCCCUGGGCCUCCUUUCCCCUCCGCCCAACCCAGAGUGAAGGCCCCCGAACCUCUUCCCCGUCUCGCUCCAAGCAAAGUGAGGUUCCCUGGGCCUCCAUUGCCCUUCGGCCAACCCAAGGGGACAGGUCUCAGACCUCCUCUCCCAGCAGGCCAGCUCAGCGUGACCCACCCCUGUCCUCUGAAUCUACCCAGCACAACCCACCAUCCCGGGCCACUUCCUCUUCCCAUAACCCCGGCCACCAUGGUACCCCCCGGACUUCUUCACCGCUGUACCCUGCUACCCGCGGGGCCCCCCACACCUCUUCUGAGCCCUCCCAGCCUCCGUGUUCUGUGUGUAUCGGGCAUCGGGAUGCCCCUCGAGCUUCUUCGCCUCCUCGCUAUUUGCAGCAUGAUCCCUUCCCCUUCUUCCCAGACCCCCACACAUCUGAGAGUGAAUCGCCCCACCACACCCCCCCUUAUAUACCUCCAGCUGUGUGCAUUGGACACCGGGAUGCCCCCCGGGCCUCUUCACCCCCCCGCCACACCCAGUUUGAUCCCUUUCCCUUCCUCCCAGACACAUCCGAUGCUGAGGCUCAGUCCCCCCAGCACGAUCCGCCUCAGUUCCCCCCGCCUGUGUGUAUUGGGUACCGUGACGCCCCCCGGGCCUCCUCCCCACCGCGCCAGGCCCCAGAGCCCUCCCUCCUGUUCCAGGAUCUCCCCAGGGCCAGUACUGAGAGCCUUGUUCCCUCCACAGACUCUCUGCACGAGCCCCCCCACAUCCCCACCCCUGUGUGCAUUGGGCACCGGGAUGCACCCGCCUUCUCGUGCCCACCACGUCAGGCCCCUGAGCCGUCCCUUUUCUUCCAGGAUGCCCCGGGGACUAGUAUGGAGAGCCUGCCCCCCUCCACUGACUCUCUGCAUGGCUCCCCAGUGCCGCCUCCCCACGUGUGCAUCGGACACCGGGAUGCACCUCGAGCCUCCUCCCCACCCCGCCACCCACCCAGUGACCUAGCGCUCCUGGCCUCCUCACCCCCGCCAACUGGCAGCUCCGGGGGCUCCCGGGGCUCCGCGGCCCCUGGGGAGACCAGGCACAACUUGGAGAGGGAGGAGUACACCAUGCUGGCCGACCUGCCCCCGCCCAGGAGGCUGGCGCAAAGGGAGCCAGGGCCCCAGUGCAGCAACGGGGGCCGAACCCGCAGCCCCGGCCGCGCAGAGGUGGAGCGCCUCUUCGGGCAAGAGCGCAGGAAGUCCGAGGCGCCGGGGGCCUUCCAAGCCCGGGAUGAGGGGCGGUCGCAGCAGCCCAGCCAAGGUCAGAGCCAACUUCUCCGAAGACAGUCCAGCCCUGCCCUCAGCAGGGAGGUCACCAAGCCCCUUGCGAAGCAGGCAGAACCGUCCCGCCGGAGCCAAGCAGAGCCGUCUCAUCCCAGGAGCCCCGAGAGGCGGCCUGAAGGGGACCGGAGGCUUCAGGGGUCCUCGCUGCCCCCGAGGACAUCAGCGCGGACCACUGAGAGGGAGCGGCGGCCCGAGAGAUCUCCGGAAAGUGGCCGGGCGGGCCCAAGACAGCCUCUGGGGUGGUGGCCGAGUCAGGAGGCGUCUCCAGGUCCCCAGGGCCCUCACAGGUACCCGGAGAGAGGCCGCGACAGCCACCAGGAGGGCCCGGGCCUGGACAGCUGGCAAGGACUUGGGGAGCCCGGCCGGGGGGUAGCCAGAGCACCAGAGGGAGCUUGGAGGGGGCCUCUCAGGGAGUGUGAGGAGUGCUGGGGGCGGCCGGAUGCCCCCCCCCGCCCCAGGGGGCCGUCAGAGGCCUGGGAGGAGCCCCCCUCUGACAGGCCAGCUCAGAGAGGCUGGGGCAGCCUGCAGACGCUGUCCAGUCCUCAGCAGCCAUGGAGCCCCCGGCACAACUCGAGGGUGGGCCCCGAGGCACUUAGCACCCCGGGCCGGGGGCCUGAAGAAACAUGCCCACACCGCCAUAGCCCCGAGCGGCGACCCUACCUCGACUGGAGGGAGCUGGUGGGCCUCCUCGGGGCACUCGGAGAGGGGGCCUGGGCCCGCACGGAGGAGUCGACGCUCGCCUCCCAUCUUCCCAGGCUAGACUGGGGGGGCCUCCUGGAGCUGCUGCAAGCCCAGCUGCCCCGCCAGGACCCAGCUGGACCUGGGGGUGCCCUGGCCACGGCUUCAGGGCCAGAGGUGGGUUCCCCAGCCACAAGCGGUACCUCGGAGCUGGAGCGACAGGGCCAGCCUGACGGCUGGGUGGAGGCCACCCUAGUCAACGGACAGAAGGCCGGGCUGUGGCCCCAGAGCUCGGCCCAGCCACCCAGCCCUGACUGCAUCUCCACCCAGUGGCCAAAGACCAAAGUGACAAGUGGACCGGAGACCUCGACUUUGGCUGGUCCGGGGAGCAGAAGCCCCGCAGAGGGUCCCGGCUUGCCAGAGUGGGAGUUCCAAUCAGAGGAGCCUGAGGAAUCAGAACCAAGCAAAGGCCAAGACUCCCUGACCGACCAGAAGCAGGCAGACUCGGCAGACAAGAGGCCAGCGGAGGGCAAGGCUGGGAGCCCACUCAAGGGCCGACUGGUGACCUCAUGGCGGAUGCCCGGGGACCGUCCCACGCUGUUCAAUCCAUUCCUGCUCUCUCUGGGGGUCCUCAGGUGGCAAAGGCCCGACCUGCUCAAUUUCAAGAAGGGAUGGAUGUCGAUCUUGGACGAACCUGGAGAGUGGAAGAAGCAUUGGUUUGUGCUGACAGACUCAAGCCUCAAGUACUACAGGGACUCCACCGCCGAGGAGGCAGACGAGCUGGACGGCGAGAUCGACCUGCGCUCCUGCACUGACGUCACUGAGUAUGCGGUCCAGCGCAACUAUGGCUUCCAGAUCCACACCAAGGAUGCCGUCUACACCUUGUCGGCCAUGACCUCGGGUAUCCGGCGAAACUGGAUCGAGGCUCUGAGGAAGACCGUGCGACCAACGUCUGCCCCGGAUGUCACCAAGCUCUCGGACUGCAAUAAGGAGAACACGCCGCACGGCACCCAGAGGGGCUCCCUGAAGGCGGGGGAGCAGCGGGUGGGCUCUGACGGCCUCGGUCGAGGCGGCCCGCGGAAGGCGGAGGGGCAGCGGCAGGCCCUGGACUACGUGGAGCUCUCCCCGCUGACGCAGGGCUCCCCGCAGCGGGCCCGCACCCCGGCCCGUGCCCUCGACCGCCCGGCCAAGCAGGAGGAGCUGGAGCGGGACCUGGCCCAGCGCUCCGAGGAGCGCCGCAGGUGGUUCGAGGCCACGGACAGCAGGUCUGUGGAGACGCCGGCCGGCGAGGUGCCGCGCCGGGGCCUGGGCGCCCCCCUGACCGAGGACCAGCAGAGCCGCCUCAGCGAGGAGAUCGAGAAGAAGUGGCAGGAGCUGGAGAAGCUGCCCCUGCGGGAGCACAAGCGGGUGCCUCUCACCGCCCUGCUCAACCAAAGCUGCGGGGAGCGCCGCGGGCCUCCGGGUGACAGCCAUGAGGCACUGGAGAAGGAGGUCCAGUCCCUUCGCGCCCAGCUGGAGGCCUGGCGCCUUCAAGGAGAGGCUCCUCCGAGCGCACCCAGGUCCCAGGAGGACGGCCACAUCCCCCCGGGCUACAUCUCCCAGGAGGCGUGCGAGCGCAGCCUGGCCGAGAUGGAGUCCUCGCACCAGCAGGUGAUGGAGGAGCUGCAGCGGCAUCACGAGCGGGAGCUGCAGCGGCUGCAGCAGGAGAAGGAGUGGCUCCUGGCCGAGGAGACGGCAGCCACGGCCUCGGCCAUCGAGGCCGUGAAGAAGGCCUACCAGGAGGAGCUGAGCCAAGAACUGAGCAAGACGCGGAGCCUCCAACAGGGUCCAGAUGGCCUUCGCAAGCAGCACCAGUCAGAUGUGGCGGCGCUGAAGCGGGAGCUGCAGGUGCUGUCAGAACAGUACUCACAGAAGUGCCUGGAGAUCGAGGCCCUGACCCAGCAGGCGGAGGAGCGUGAGCACACACUGCGGCGCUGCCAGCAGGAGGGCCAGAAGCUGCUGCGCCACAACCAGGAGCUGCACGCCCACCUGUCGGAGGAGAUUGACCGGCUGCGCGGCUUCAUCGCCUCGCAGGGCACCAGUGACGGCUGUGGACGCAGCAGCGAGCGGAGCUCCUGUGAGCUGGAGGUGCUGUUGCGGGUGAAGGAGAACGAGCUCCAGUACCUGAAGAAGGAGGUGCAGUGCCUGCGGGAUGAGCUGCAGAUGCUGCAGAAGGACAAGCGCUUCACGUCGGGGAAGUACCAGGAUGUGUACAACGAGGUGAACCACAUCAAGACACGGUUGGAGCGGGAGAUCCAGCAGCUGAAGGAGCACCUGCGCCUCGCCACGGCCGCCCUGCAGGAGAAGGAAUCGAUGUGCAAUAGCCUGGCUGAGUGACGGUCCUGGUGGCCCAGCCCCGCGGCAGACGUGCCCCCCUCCCCGCCGCAGCCUGAGGGGACCCGCCAGUCGCCCUCCUUCCUGCUGGACGGAAGUCAGAAGCCAAGCUUUCUCCCCAUCCGCCGUGGGCCCCACGUGCACUUGUCCCCACCACACACACGCACACGCACACACGCGUGCACACACACACACACACACACACACACACACACUCUGCGUAUCUGAGCGCACCCCUCGCACUGGGUCUUACCUUUUGCACCUUCUUCAGGAUUUUAUAUGUGAAGAGAUUUUUAUAUAGAUUUUUCUCCUUUUUCCCUUCCCUUCAGAACACUUUAUACUUUGAAACAAUUCCUGGAGGCCGUGUGCCUCCGUCACCGGCUCCCCUCUGCCUCCAGCUGCCUCCGGCCAUGGGGCUCUGGCUUCUGGGCCCUGCCCCUCGGGGGGUCUAGCGGAGGCGCAGCCUUGGCGGUGUGGCAGCCUUGACUCCAGUGGGAGAGGCAGGGAGCCAGCCACUCUCUUCCUACCCUACCUCCCACUAACUACUUCCGGCCCCGAGGGGACCCACACCUUGGGGCUCUGGGCAGAGGGACAGACGGGCAGAGGGGGGCGGCAGCUGUCCCUAAGGCUUCACCGCCUCCUCUGAGGGGGUGCCACCGCCUCCUCUGAGGGGGUGCCGGGCGUGGCACCGCCGGAGCCGCCCCGGGAAGGCGUUUCUCUCCUGCUCCGUGAGCCUUCUUAACUUAAUAAAAUGAUCCCGCAG